AUGAGCAAUUUGGAUUAUACAAAAAAAUUGCUUGCAGAAAAAUAUGUGUAAGAUUUGAGUAAGUUCCUUGGUUCGGUAAAUAUCUAAAAAUAUCAUUUUAAAGGGAAGUUUUGCAGAUGUCCAUUAAGGAUAUAUGUAUAGAAACCAGAAUGAAUUAAUAGCAAUUAAAAGUAUUGAUAAGAGAAGAUUGGAAAAAAAAAAGAGUCUAUAGAAAAUUAUAAUUAAUUACGUAAACAGAGAGAAGCUUAAUUAAUAGUAAUUAUCAAGUCCUCAUAUUGUAAAGUAUUUAUUUUUUUAAUUUAGAAUGAUAGAUUUUAUUGAAAAUGAUGAAGCUUUCUAUUUUAUCUUAGAGUAUUGUGAUUAAGGUAAUCUACAAAAUAAAUUAAAAUCUCAUUUACCCUAAAAUGAAAUCUUUUCUAUCUUUGAAUAAAUUGUACAAGGGUAUAAAGAGAUUAGAGAUAAAAAAAUAAUUCAUAGAGAUCUAAAACCGGAAAAUAUUCUAUUUUCAAAAGGAGUUGCUAAAAUUGGAGAUUUUGGGUUUUCUAAACUAUUAGAUGAGCUUGAUCUUAGUUUGCCAUAAUCAACUCUAGGAACCCCCUUAUAUAUUGCGCCUGAAGUCACGACAGGAAAAUAUUCAUCUAAAGCAGAUGUUUGGUCUUUAGGUGUCAUCCUUUAUAGAAUGUUAUAUGGUAAAGCCCCAAUGGAAAUGAUAUAAAAUAAUAUAUCUAGAGCAUCAAAUGUUUAUUAAAUUCAUUAUCCAUAACAUAUUGAAGUUCCUCCAAAGUAUUUCAAUUUAUUAUAACAAAUGCUUACUGCGGAUCCUGAAUAAAGAAUUGGUUGGGAUCAAAUAUUUAAAGUAAUUCUUGGUAUAGGAUUAUAACUUAAGUCAUAAUAAAGCUCAUAAUUAUAAGAAAUUUAAGAAAUACUUUAAGAUUAAAAUAAUAAGGUUAAAGGCAUUUUAAACUAUUUUUUAUAUAUUUAAGAUAUCCUUAAAUUUAUUAGGUAGUUGAUGAGAGAUGUAUAAGAAAUUAAUUAAAUUAUAUAAUUAUCGCAAGAACAAUAAUUAAAUUAUUCAGUCAUUACUUAAAAGUACAUGUUAAAUGAAUUAGCUUUUUAUUUUAAUGUUCUACAAGGAUAAGUAAUAUAUAUACUAUUUAAUAUUAGAAUAUGCUCUUCAUUUAAAUUUUGCCAAAUGAUUUUUAAAUAUUUAAAAAAAGUGAAAAUUAUGAAUAAACAUUUCAGAGUUUCUAAUAAAAUUAUAGUUAUCUGAUAGAGAGUUACAAUCAAGUCAAAAUUAAAUAUGAUUAUUACUAAAAAUCUAGUCUAAGAACUUCUGAAAAUACAAAUUAUGUGUUAAAAUAAUCAUAAUUUAAAUUGCCUAAUUACUAUUCAGUACUAUAAGGUAAUUAGAACGAUUAGGCAUUUGGAGAAAUAUUUAAUUAAAUCUAUCAUAAUAUAAUUGAACACAUAAGAUCAAAAUUGAAUAUUUAGGCUAUUUAAAUCUAAUAAAAAUAAUCUUUACUUAAAGUGCUCAUUAAACUGAUAUACUGUUUGUAGCCUCUCUAAUUUAGUCAUCUCAUUUUUGAACCUUAGAAUAUUGAACAGAAGCUUCGCAAUUCAUCAGCUUUAGAACAGGAGUUUAAUAAUAUCUAUGCAAAAUACGUCAAUUUGGAAAUAUGA